CGCGAGUUGCCGUAGUCGCUCGUUCGUCCUUGGCUGCAUGUGUUUUACCACACACUUCUCACACUAUUCAGUUAUAAUAAACGCUGUGGGGUGAUUUGUUGCUCUUAUGGAGUUUGUUUCUUCAUAACAUAAGAUCAUGUUUGGAAGACGGAUUCCCUUUAAUCAGGUUGCAUUUGCUACUCUGCUUGGAGUGGUGGGAGGUGUAUAUAUAUAUAGGCCUAUAUUUGAGCCACCUAGAAAACCUCCAAUUGCACCAGAUCAAGACCUCAAGCCUGACCCAGAGGAGCUGAGAGCGGAAACUACCCAAAAAGCACAGCAAGAUGCAUCUGCAACCAAAGACUGACGUCAAACUAGAUUCUGUGUGAGAGUCUGAAUGUGUUAAAAUACAUGCUAUUUCUGUAUAUUUUGUAAAUGGUGUCACUAGGUUCUAAAUAAAAUGUCUCUUUGACACUGCAAAUACA